AUGGUGGCGACGAUGAAUAGACAACGCCUAAGGAAGAAAUUAAAAUUAGAGCCGACAAGAGAGAAGUCAUCGGGAGAUGGGGAAUAUACUCAGAUCCCUAAGCAAGAUACCGAUUUUCAGGUAAUUAAUUCAGAGGGAAAUGCUUUGUUAACUGAUGACGGGAUGAUUAUGACUCGCAUUAAUGAUGACGGUAGUACAUCCAACUACUUUGAUAAAAGAAAAUUGAAGAUCGCACCAAGAUCAACUUUACAAUUUAAGGUUGGACCACCAUUUGAACCUCACAAAAAGUAUGGCAAUAUUUUUGAUAAAAGAACCGAGAAAUUAGUCCAGUUUAAGGUAGUCCCCAGGAUAGAUAGAGGAUUUGAUCAUAUUGAUGAAGAAUGGGUUGGAUACAAGAGGAAUUAUUUUUCGUUAGUCUCAAGUUUUGAAAUACAAGAUUACAAACUAGAAGACUUUUUGGAUGGUUCAUAUAAACUGGAAAUGGAUGGCCACUAUCAUAAUGUAAACUAUUUUGCCAUUAAUAUAAAAGCAAGAACAGCUGAUGAGUUAUCUGAGAUAAAUCUAGUUCAGCAUACCGCAAAAAGAGACAAGGGACCACAGUUUUCUCCCACUAUGUGUCCUUUAAUUCCAUCGGUGCUACCUCAACAUCAGAUUAUUAGAGAGGUGUCAAAUGUGAGAAAUGUACAAAAAAUGAAGAAAUAUGAUUCAACUUUUUAUUUUCAUCGAGAUCAAAAAUUAUCACAAUUCCAGCCUGGAAGUUUAUUAUUUUCCUAUCCUGAUGAUUGUAUUCAAAAGGUAGCUCGGUAUGAGAGGGUACAGUUUUCUUCUUCAAUCAAUGUCAAGAAGCCAGAUCAACAGAACAAAUAUUUCAAGCUGCAUGUGUUAUUCGGGGUUGUUAUAACGGCAACUGCCUAUGAGGUAUCCCAAUUCCCAUGCUCUUAUGAUAAAAUCACGACAGCUGAUGAUACGGAGUGCUAUUUCAUACAUUUACAAGAAUUAAUAACUCCCCCACUUAUUAUAAGAGGAAGGUCUCCCUCAAACUAUACAUCUUCAAAACAAUUAACCUUGACACAAUCACAAUUAAACGGUAAACCACAUAACCAAAAACUGAUACAAUUACCUCAGUCUAUCCAAUUGCAAGGUAAGGAGAACUUACCAAAUUUUCAUCUUAACUCAUCUUCGAAAAGAAAAUCUUCAAAUGCUUCAAAUACAUCAAAUACUUCAGAUACUUCAGCUACUUCAAAGAAGUGGAAUAAGGUUGAACAUUCUUCAAAAUCGAGAAAGAAAAUUAAAAGUAAACUGAAUGAAGCAAAACAAGUAGAUUCUAGGUCGGAAACGGAUAUUAAAGAACCCAGAAUGUUGUCAGUUUCUACACCAUAUAUAGCAGAUAUUGAUCUAAGAAGACCAAUAAAACGAGAUGCUCAAGUCGUUAAUGGUCCUUAUAUCUCCAUCAUAGAAUGCCCUUCAACGGAGAAGCCCUUAUUGCCGGAUUCUAAAAGGAGUCCGCACAGAGUUCAAACAAUUGAGCAUAUUGAAAAUGAUUUAUACUCGAAUACUUAUACUAGACAAGUACCAACUCUGCAAAAUGAGCAAAUGCAUAAAAUUCCAUCAAUGUUUGAAUAUGAUCCAUUAAAUCUAGAGCAGGUAGCAGUAAAUUUAAAGGAUAUUGAAUUGAAACCAAUAUAUUCUAUUAGUAAAACUAGAGUUUUCAUUGUAGACCCCGUCAAGGUGAAGGAUACUAGAAAUGCAACAACCACUAUUCCAAGUAUGACAUCUAUUAGACCGCCUGAUUCUCUGUUGGGGAAUAAUAAAAUGCAACGCCCUCGAAGUAUAGCUACGGCAUAUUAUUCGAGAGCUUCCGAAAACACUUCUUUUGACGAUUCUACUGUCUCUAAUCUGUCAUAUCCUGUGGUGGUAAAUAACUCUAAACCAGGUACGGCACAUUUGCUGUUUUCCAGGGUAUCAUCAAAGGCAGAGGGUAAUAAACUAAGUUCUAGAGAAAGUAAUUAUUUAGCCAAUAUUUCGAAUUAUGAAAUGUUUACCUCUUUAGAAUCUCGACAAAAACUUCAACAAUUUAUCAAAUCAGGAAAGCAAAAUUACAAGGCAGACCAUUUACCUUCUGAAAUAAUAAGUGCUGGAUGUUUCCUGGAAGAUGAUAGCUUCUAUAUUCAUUAA